AUGAUGUUUCUUUUAUAUCUCUUUUUCAAUUCUUUCAUUUCUCCAUUUUGUUUUUUAUCGUUCAUUAUUUGUUCCAUGAUUUUCUUCUUUCAUUCUUCCUUUCUUUCGCAUUCUAUUCUUUUUAUACUCUCUACUAAUUCUUUCUUUCUUUCUUUCAUUCUUUAUAUUUUUAUUCUUUUUGGGGUCUUUUGCUAUCUUACGUUUUCAUUCUAUUUUUUUCUUUCUUUAUUCUUUCUAUUUUAUUUCUGUUUCUUUUUCAUUCCUUUUUUAUUGCGUCCAUUUUUCUUUUCUAGACUUUUUAAAUUCUCUUUCUGUUGCAAUCUGCUAAUUUCUCUUUCUCUCUGCAUCUAUCUAUCUAUCUAUCUAUCUAUCUAUCUAUCUAUCUAUCUAUCUAUCUAUCUAUCUAUCUCGAGAUGUUCAUAUCUAUCUCAGUUGAUAUCUAUCUAUUUCAGUCGUUUUCCGAGUAUCUAUCUGAGUAUUACUAUAUCUAUGUGUCUAUCUUUUUUCUUUCUUCCUUUAAUUCUUUCUUUCUUUUCGCCUUUGUUUAUUUGUUUUUCUUUCUUUUCUUAUUUUUCUUCUCUUAUUCUUUUCUCUUUUUUGUUUGUUUCUUUCUUUCUUUAUCUUCACUUCUUCUUUUCUUCUUUUCUUUCUUUUCUCUUUUGUUUAUUUGAUUGGUUGUUUGUUUGUUUCUUUCAUUUUUCUUUCUUUUACACUUUUCUUUGUUUCGUCGUUUAUUUGGCGUUUUUUUUUGUUCUUGUUGUUUGUUUCUUUCUUUCUCUCCUCCUUUUCAUUCUUUCUUUCUUUCUUUUUCUCCUAUAUUUAUUUUUUUGUUUGUUUUUCUACAUUUAUUCGUUGUUUGUUCGUUCGAUUCUUUCUUUCUUUCUUUCUUUCUUUCUUUCUUUCUUUCUUUCUUAA